GUUGUUUACAUCCACACGGAAGUGUGUGUUUACAAUAGAAAAAGAAAGUAAUUUCUGAAAAUGAGUGAAUCCUGCUAUGAAGACAUCAAACAUGAAGAGAUACACCGCCUCAUUGAGAGCUUUUCCAAGACCUCGUACAAAGUUAAAGCUGAUAGAAAGGUUGAUCCUGUAGCAGAAAGAUGUCUGAAACUGUUUGCCAAAGACUACCAGUUUUCUAUGCUGAACAACACAUCAGGCGACCUAUGUGCGCAUUAUCCCAGCAAGAUUGUGAUUCUGGAGUACGAGAAAACUGCAACCAUCCAUGAGAGGGUGGAGAGCCUGUAUGAUGGCAGCCGUCUCAAGGAACAGAUCAAGCAGGCCAGGUUUGCUCGAUGUCGGUCACGAUUUGUCGUCCCUGUCAUACUGUUUGAGGGAAAGCAUGUGUGUCGUUCCGCCACAUUGUCCAGUGGAGCUGAGAUGUACAGUAGAUCUGGCCUAGACUUUUUCCUUACUGGAAAUGAGCAAACUUCGCAGAAACUGAAGCCGGCUGCCUCAGACAGUGACCUGCAAAUGUUUGACCGAGUCCGGGGCCAGGAUAUCAACAUUCUGAAGACUUUCAACGUCAAGUACAUUGUUGAUCUAAUGGUUGAGAAGAAAAAAGUCAAGUUUGGAAUGAACAUAACAUCCUCAGAGAAGGUGGAUAAAGAGAACCGAUACGGAGAAUUCUGUAUCGCCUCCGUGCCGUAUCCAGGCUGUGAGUUUUUCCGUGAAUGGAGGGACAAUGCGUACGUUGGUGAAGCCAUGAAGUUUGACUGGUCUCAGAGUUUUGUUGAUGCAUGUCUGGACAUUCCACCCACAGAACUACUCACACAGCUCCACAUAGACUGGCACCAGUACAAGUCGUGGGACCUACUGCAGCUUACCAAGAACUACCUCAAGAUGUUGGUACAUAUUCUGACUGAAGGUGACAAGGGGUUGUUGGUCCACUGUAUAUCUGGCUGGGAUCGGACGCCAAUGUUUGUGUCACUCCUCCGACUAUCGCUCUGGGCGGACGGGCUCAUUCACAAAUCGUUGUCUGCUACAGAAAUCCUCUACCUCACUCUUGCGUACGACUGGUACCUUUUUGGACACAGCCUAUCGGACAGAUUGAUGCGCGGGGAGGAGAUUAUGCUGUUCUGCUUCUAUUUCUUGCCACAUAUAUCAUCAGAAGAAUUUUCUGCAAAACACCAAACGUCUUCUAAACCCCGUAAGUGUUCAGUAACCAGUGAAACCAGUACAAACAGCGUAUCAAAACCAGCUGAGAAUCGUUUCUCAAAAGACUUAAAAAAACACCUGACGCCUGUCAGUAGCAGUGGAAGUCUUCGUGGCCUGGAUGAGAGAAGACGUCGAAACUCCAGCACGAGCAGCGGGGGUAGCACAGGAAGCUUCACGCUCGAGCCAAACUCUCACUUCUACUUGAACUGUGAAGAUGAGGAUGGUGUUGCACCAGGGAGCUCUCAUAGUCAAACAGAUUCCCCAUUGGCUGGUGCCCAUUUACAACCUGGGACCCAGGGUCAGAGGUCAUCAAGUCCUAUGUCAUUACUAGGUCAAAGGUCAUCUAGUCCAUCACAGGUGCACCAACGUCACAGCUCGCCAUCCAUGUUAAUAGGUCAUGGUCAUAUGUCAUCAAGCCCCAUGCAGAUGCCUAGCAACAGGGGCAGACAAUCCAAUGCAGCUGACUCUCCGACUUGUGGAAGUUGGCAGGUGAUAUCAACCACAGGAAGCCUAGUGACCACAGAGUCGUGUUCCGGUCCUUCCCGGAUGACCAGCACCACAAACUCAUGUGAGGAAGCAAUUGAAGACCCAGCAUUGCCAGAGAGGUCAGAACGCUGGAAACGGCUGGACAUGGUAGCGCGGAUAUUCAACAACGCGUAUCACCAUAAAGUGACGUCAAAGCUUCAGCCAGACCCAGGGAAUGGCAUUACAAACUUACUUGACUCAUUUGCUGGGAAAUUGGGAUUUAAACAAAAGUGAUUUAAGUGUUUUUUACCAUGUCUGUUAUUUAAUUGCCCUUGUUUUGGGUCUAAAUUUUCAUUAAAAAAAUGACAACUAAAACAACCUUUUAAAAAUGAAGAGGAAUUUUAUUGAUUUGCUCUGAUUGGAUCACAGUAUGAACUCACAUUCAUUUUUAAACCAACACAUGUUUUUGAUACCUCUUCAAGUUGUCCACCCCACAGCGAAAUUGGAAAAUCACCUAUUGAUUUAAGUUUUUAUUUCAUUUGACAAAUGUUUUCUUAACAACUAUUUAUGAUUCAUGCAUCAAUGUAAUCAGAAUUUAUACCCAUUUAAUUUAUAUAAUUGUAAUUAAAAUAAAUUGACAUUUACACUUUUGAAACUUACCUUUAAGCCAAGUUCCCUCUUCAAUUUGUAUAAAAUGUACUGAUUCUUAUCUGUGGUUGCUUUUAAAAUUAUUUGAUACAGACGGUUCUAAAUUUGAUCAAAAGCUGUAGAUUGUCAUUGGUAAAUUGUUUUUGCAUAAAUAUUCAAGUGAUUUGAGUUUUCUUCUGGCCGCAGGGCUGAGUCUUGUGCCGAGGCAAUUUCAGCAAAGAUUGAGGAGUGGUCUCAGAAUUUUGGAAAAUUUUAAUGCAUGAAUGCCUCAAAACUUGAAAAUCUAACUUGUAAACACUUCAUGUUUAUUUGAAACGAAUACAACUAUUACAUUAGCACAAACAAUGUUUUGAAUUUUUUAUCUUAUUUUUUUAUGUAGUUUUCAUAUCCAAGAAACAAAUACCUUAAGUGUAAAGAUAUUUCAGCCCAUUAAGCUGUUGUCUCAGUUAUUAAUGCUUAAGUUUGAUAAUUUUAAGAAACAUUUGUCUGAAAAUGCUACUAUGUCUUAAUGUGCAUAUUUUAUGCAUUUGAAUUUGGUGCAAUCUAAACACUUUAACUUGAAACUAUGCAUAUCAGCGUUUUUAUGUUUGUUAUAAGUAAAUGUUGCCAGUAUGUUAAUGCCUUUAUUUUAAUUAGUAGAUCAUUUUAUGCUCAUGUCCCAAUGUUUAAUGUUAAUUUACCAACACAAACAUGUAAAUACAUUAUGUAAAUUAGUGAAAUUUCCAUUACUGGCAAGCAAGUCUAAUUUUUAAUAAUAAAAUAUUAAUCAAAAAAAUAACAAACUGGAAAAAGGCUUCCAGAACCUUACCUUCAAUAAUAAAGUAUUAAAACUAAUUAAUAGUACACUAAGAGUUCUUAUAAGAUUUUAUAGGUCUUUUGAACUUUAAAAAAGUAAUGAUGCAACUAUGUGAUAUAUGGAUCUUUUAUGUUCUCCAUUUAUUGAAAGCAUUACAAUAAAAUUAAUAUAACUUGUAACAAAUAGGUUUAAUAUGUAUAAAUUGAUUUUCUUUUGAAGAGAAUAUCAUUGGUAUAUUAUAUUGGAAAUACUCAAAUAGACAAUAUAGGUUGAAUUUUGAAUCCGUAUAACAACUCAAGGGCAUUAUUAUGAUUUUAAUGUAUUUUGCUCUGGAAGUAAGUCAAGGGUAGUUUGACUUGCCCUAACCCGUACAUUUUAAAUGAAAUGAAAUUUUAAAUCAAUUAAUUGGUAUGUAAUUUUGCCUGCAUUAAAUUUCUGUCUUCUAUAUUUGAAUCCUUUUAUAAAUUGAAUGUGUCAGUGGAACAGAUUUUUCUCUUAUGUUUAUGGCAAGGCAAGGGUGAAGUCAUAUUUAGCCAUUCCCAAGUUUAGUAUUUAUUUCUGUUUUUGAAUCUUAAUAACAAGUUUAUAGUCAUCUUUAUACAUGUAAAACUACGCCAAGAAUAAAUUUUUAUUAAACUCAUUUUAUUUUGGAAAAUGUGUAGUCAACACACUUUAUAUUAUUGAAGACAAGUCCCCGUACUCUUGCUUAAAGAGAGCUGGAGUUAUGUCCCUUGAUGAUCAUUGAAACCAGAAUGUCAUGGGCACUGGUUAACAGACGUUGGCCUCAGCUGGAGGUGCUGCACCCUUUUUAUGUGUGCAAUAAAUGGCAAUUGGCAUUUGAAAUAAAAUGUGCAAAGCUCUUGUACAUUUACUGUUAGAUUGUGUAUAUUUUUAUUUAAUUACAUAUGUAUACUUGCAUAAAUGUUAUAAAUUGUGCCAAAGAUAAUGAAUAAAUGGUAAAAAAUAA